AUGGAUUUCUCAACAAUGAUGAAUGCGGCGAAUAAAAACGCGAAGAAAGCGUCGCGAGAAGUUGAUCGAAUACAAGAAGAGGUGAACAGUGAGAAAAAUGAAGCACGCCGUCAAUUGGAAGCCGAGAAACGCGCGCGGCUGGAAAUUCAACGGAGGAAACAGGAGAAAGAGCAGGAAUUAGCCAGAAAGCGGAAGGAAAGAGAAGAAGAAGAGCGGCGUAAGAACUUUACGAUUCCAAAACGUGAUGGACCAUCAUCCUCAUCCUCAUCUGUCAACACUGCUGCUGUUCGUGCAGUUCUGGAACGUCAACGUGCCGAAAAAGAAGCGAAAGAAAAGAAAGCUGAAAGUGACAAACAGAAACUUAUGGUUUUGAGAAUGCAAGCAAACGGUGGAAAAGCUACAAAAAAGAUGGGAAAGCAGUUUGGAUUAGAUGUGAUUGAUCUUCAAACACGCUUCGGAGGUAACAACGAGCAUCUGGAAACUUUGCAAAAGAGAAAAUGGAAAGAAGAAGAAGAGGCCGACGUCGAAGCUGAUAAAUAUCGUAAUGGAGUAUAUAAGGCACUAGCAGCCAAGCAGAAAAAUGAAAGCGCAUUGAGAGCGACUGUUCAAGGUCCUCAUCGGGUCUCUACCAGUAAAUCCAACAGUUUAGCCGGAUUGUGCUCUCGGCAUGAAAAAACGCGAGACACAUUUUCUCCUCCAAAAGAUGGCAGAAAAGUUCCAGAAAAACGCCAGCCAGUGGUUGAGAAAAAGAAAAUUCAACCAGCAGCUCCGAUUGAUUUCCAAAAGCUAAUGGCUGCCGCUGACAGUCUUUCCCAAGGAAAAACGGUAAAUUUGGACCAUCUUCAAGCCAGACCUGCAAAAUCGGUUCAAAUGCAACAAAAAUCCUCAUCUUCAAACGGUCAACAGAAAUCUGGACUUAGCAGUUCUGAUCGAGAGAAAUUAAGAGAGAAGGAAAGAAUGAAAGAAAAACAAGAAAGGCAACAAGAAGCAGAAAACCUGAGAAUGAAGGAAAAGGAAAGGGAAAAAGCUCGGAGCGCUGCAGCUGCUUACCAUAAAUCAGCCGCAUCGAAAAGUCAACCAUCGUCAUCUUCAAACGGGUCCAGCAGUGCACCUCCGAAAAAAGAAGUUCGAAAACCGUUUACCAAGGCGCCAACACCUCCACCACUUAUUCCUGCUGCCGUUCCCGGAAAGAAAUAUCUUCCCGGAGAUGUGAGAUACAAGGAACAACAGUCCUUGAUCAGGGCCAUCGCUGCAGCACCUGGAAGUUCCCGAUCAUCGGCUCCUCUCCCGCAGAAUAGUAGUGAGUCAAAUACUGUAUCGAAAUUGUGCAUCAAAUAUAAAAUUGCAGAAGAACGAGCUCAAGCGGUUCGCGAAGCUGAGCGUCAACGCGAGAAGGAGCGAGAAAAACAGAGAGCUAUGAAGCGAGCACGCCAAGAAAGAGAACAAGACGAGUAUGAUAGGAGUAAGAAGGUCCAGAAAAGAAUGGAUAAGCCUGGUCCUUCGUCGUCGUCUUACUCUUCAUCCUCGUCAAUGAAGAACUCUGAUAGACGUAGCUAUGAAGCUCGUCGAAUGGCAGAACUACGUGAGCAACAAAUGAGAGAAAGAGAAAGAAAGAAGAAGAUGAUGAAUAGGGAUCGAGAUUCACGAGGUGGUGGCGGUGGUAGCUUCUAUCGAGGAGGUGAUGAUUACAGUGAUGAAGAAGAUGAUGAUGAGGACGGGUACGAAGAUGAAGACGACUACAGUGAUAUGGACGAUUUCAUUGAUGAUGACGAUAUUGAUAUGGACGCAGCGCAUAGAAAAGAAUUAGAAGAUACUUUCAAAAUCGUGAAUCGGAGAUACGAUACGAAUGAAUGGUCUCGUCGUGAAAAGAUGAUCUCCGAACGAGACAUGCACUCCGACUUCCGUCGGAUACAGACGGAAGAGAACUAUUCGAAACGUGCUGGAUAUAUGGAGGACCUAAAGGAAGCUUCCAAAGGAAGAUCAGUCAGACUCUAA